UCUCGUGUAGACAUUAUAUGCGACUUUUCCAGUCUCUCAUGAGGAACUAAUGACAAAGUUUCACUCAGAGGGACUGGUGCAUAAAAUACCAUGAGGCAAGUUACAAUUAUUGGAACCUGAGUCAUCAUAUUGUUGUUUGUCCACAUGCUAGAAAUAACGGAUAGCCAAAGGCCCAAAAUUGAUUGGCACCAUACGCAGACAUAGAAUAUGUAUUUUCGGUUGUGUCUUUUUGCAGCUUGGCUUCAAAUAGACAAGAAGUAGUAGUGAAAAGAUUGUCAGCAAAUCAAGGUGGUGUGGAAUUAAAAACGAGAUCUUCAUAAAGGCCUACGCUUAGAUUCUGCUCUAGAAUCAUAAGGAUCGACCUGAACGAGCAGUCCAGAUUUUGGCUAAGAUGAAAAAGUUGAAUCUCCAGCCAAAUAUCAGGACAUAUGAAUUGCUAUUCUCACUGUUUAGUAUGGUUUGAGUCACCGAACUAUAAAUAUUGGAGAUGUAAUAAUUUAUUCAAGCUAAUGUCUGCUAUGUUGAAAGCACUUGGAACAGAAGGGAUGAUAAAUGAGCUAAUUCAAUAUUUACAUGCUGCAGAGAAUCAGUUUUCUCAUUAUGACACUUAUAUGAUAACACCCGUCUAUAAUACCGUUUUACAUGCCCUUGUUGAGGCUAAAGAGAGCCAAAUGGCAACACGGACGUUCAAAUCAAUGGUGUCUUCUGGAGUUCCACCUGAUGCUGCAGCAUAUAAUAUCAUGAUUGAUUGUUGUAGCAUUAUCAGAUGUUUCAGAUCUACCUUUGUCCUAAUCUCUAUGAUGUUCUGUAACGGAUUUAAUCCUGAGGCAGUUACUUUAAUUGGCUUGUUAAAGCUAUUGUUGAGGUUCGAGGACUUUGAUGGAGCAUUAAAAUUGUUGAAUCAAGGAAUUUUCGAAGGCAUCCAGCUUGAUGUACUUCUCUAUAACACCGUUCUUCAAGUGGCAUCUGAGAAGGUGAUUAACAAAUAAUUCAACCAUCAAGUUAUUAACAAUAUUAAUAAAAAUUCAUGUACUGGAUUAUGUAUAAGCCAAACUGUGGAGAAAGACAGAAAAAUUGACAUAUUUCCUAGUUACACUUCUCAUCAUGCAAGUCAAUGUUAGCCGAGUUUAGAAUGGGAAAAACUGAUUAA